AUGAACAAGGGUGUUGGAUCGUCUGAUGACGGUGUGUCACUGAUGGUUGUAUCCACUUGCUCUGAUGGCGUCACGGGAGUGACAGCCAGCUCCAGUGAUAUCAUCGGUCGUACCGGGCUUCUAGGUGGUUAUGAGGGUUCACCAACGGUUUCGUUCGUCAUUUUGAAGGUGAGUUGGAAUAUGUUUUUGUGUAUUGUUUGUCACACAAAUGGACAAAUCCAAAUUAUGCAACCUUGGCUCCGGCCACUUGCUCUAAGGAUGUGCUCUUACGCCAGAGGGAAUCUACGAGGUCACGAUAGACAAGGCCGUGGUAAUACUAUGAGAAUACUCCUUGUCGUCAGGAGCCGUUACGUUUGUCGUGUAGCAGAAUGUGUCCUUGGCGGGGCCGGACCUUCCGUGCCGACGACCCGCCCUGAAGGAAUGCCUGGGGGAUGGAGGCCUGCUGGGGCGGCUAUGCUGGGCCAGCCAAGACAGCUGAGGGGUCCUCCAGCCUGA